AUAGCUGCCGACACUGCCCUGCACCUUCCAGCAAUGCUGCCUCAUAUUCCUCCUCUUCUCGGAACAUCCGUCAUAGCUGCCGGCACUUCCUUGCACCUUCCAGCAGUGCUGCCUCCUACUUCUCCUCUUCUCGGCACAUCCAACAUAGCUGCCGACACUGCCCUGCACCUUCCAGCAAUGCUGCCUCAUAUUCCUCCUCUUCUCGGAACAUCCGUCAUAGCUGCCGGCACUUCCUUGCACCUUCCAGCAGUGCUGCCUCCUACUUCUCCUCUUCUCGGCACAUCCAACAUAGCUGCCGACACUGCCCUGCACCUUCCAGCAAUGCUGCCUCAUAUUCCUCCUCUUCUCGGAACAUCCGUCAUAGCUGCCGGCACUUCCUUGCACCUUCCAGCAGUGCUGCCUCCUACUUCUCCUCUUCUCGGCACAUCCAACAUAGCUGCCGACACUGCCCUGCACCUUCCAGCAAUGCUGCCUCAUAUUCCUCCUCUUCUCGGAACAUCCGUCAUAGCUGCCGGCACUUCCUUGCACCUUCCAGCAGUGCUGCCUCCUACUUCUCCUCUUCUCGGCACAUCCAACAUAGCUGCCGACACUGCCCUGCACCUUCCAGCAAUGCUGCCUCAUAUUCCUCCUCUUCUCGGAACAUCCGUCAUAGCUGCCGGCACUUCCUUGCACCUUCCAGCAGUGCUGCCUCCUACUUCUCCUCUUCUCGGCACAUCCAACAUAGCUGCCGACACUGCCCUGCACCUUCCAGCAAUGCUGCCUCAUAUUCCUCCUCUUCUCGGAACAUCCGUCAUAGCUGCCGGCACUUCCUUGCACCUUCCAGCAGUGCUGCCUCCUACUUCUCCUCUUCUCGGCACAUCCAACAUAGCUGCCGACACUGCCCUGCACCUUCCAGCAAUGCUGCCUCAUAUUCCUCCUCUUCUCGGAACAUCCGUCAUAGCUGCCGGCACUUCCUUGCACCUUCCAGCAGUGCUGCCUCCUACUUCUCCUCUUCUCGGCACAUCCAACAUAGCUGCCGACACUGCCCUGCACCUUCCAGCAAUGCUGCCUCAUAUUCCUCCUCUUCUCGGAACAUCCGUCAUAGCUGCCGGCACUUCCUUGCACCUUCCAGCAGUGCUGCCUCCUACUUCUCCUCUUCUCGGCACAUCCAACAUAGCUGCCGACACUGCCCUGCACCUUCCAGCAAUGCUGCCUCAUAUUCCUCCUCUUCUCGGAACAUCCGUCAUAGCUGCCGGCACUUCCUUGCACCUUCCAGCAGUGCUGCCUCCUACUUCUCCUCUUCUCGGCACAUCCAACAUAGCUGCCGACACUGCCCUGCACCUUCCAGCAAUGCUGCCUCAUAUUCCUCCUCUUCUCGGAACAUCCGUCAUAGCUGCCGGCACUUCCUUGCACCUUCCAGCAGUGCUGCCUCAUACUCCUCCUCUUCUCGGAACAUUCGUCAUAGCUGCCGGAACUUCCCUGCACCUUCCAGCAGUGCUGCCUCAUACUCCUCCUCUUCUCGGAACAUCUGACAUAGCUGCCGGCACUGCUCUGCACCUUCCGGCAGUGCUGCCUCAUUUUAUUUCGCAGGUUGUUUUCUUUGGCUUGGGGUCAGUUAGCUUGGUGCACAGCUUCCAUCUUUCUUGAUACCAUAGGAUGUACUAAUCUUCAGCAUGUGUAACUUUGUUUUUGCGAUGGCUGUGUACUUUUCAGAUAAUCUAACGACUAUAUCGUUAUGACUUUGUAAUGUACUACUGAACCGCUGGAACUUGCAUUAAUUUCUGAAUGCUUGAGGCAUGUUGUAAUCCGUACAUCUUAUAUAUAUAUAUAUAUAGAGAUAUAUUGCUUGGUUGGGAGAAUUUGCUCUUGUGAACU